AUGGAGGAUGUUUCUCCUCUGCGGCGUUUCGUCGUGGCGAAGCGUUCGAUCACAUCUAUCUUUGAUCAGCUGCUGGACUUUGUGAAGGAUGGCUCCGCCUUUGUGGACGAGGCGUGGCGAGGAGACGACUUGGGCCAGGUGGCGGUGGAGGAGCAGAGUCUGGAGAUGCAGAGCUGUUCCACCAAACUGUCGACCAUCAGAGAAGUCCUGCUGAGGAGACACAUGAAGGUGGCCUUCUUCGGCAGGACAAGUAACGGGAAGAGUACGGUGAUCAACGCCAUGCUGAGGGACCGUGUGCUGCCCAGCGGCAUCGGACACACCACUAACUGCUUCCUGCGGGUGGAGGGGACGGAUGGGGACGAGGCCUACCUCACCACCGAGGGCUCCGCCGAGAGGAGGAGCGUCACCACGGUGAACCAGCUGGCCCACGCGCUCCACAUGGACCAGGAUCUGGACUCAGGCAGCCUGGUCAGGGUGCUGUGGCCCAAAAACCGCUGCAGCCUGCUGAGAGACGACCUGGUGCUGAUGGACAGCCCGGGCACUGAUGUGACUCUGGAGUUGGACAGCUGGAUCGAUAAGUUCUGUUUGGACGCAGAUGUCUUUGUUCUUGUGGGAAACGCAGAGUCGACACUCAUGAACACGGAGAAACUUUUCUUUCACAAAGUCAGUGAGAGAAUCUCCAAACCGAACAUCUUCAUCCUCCACAACAGAUGGGACGCCUCAGUGACCGAACCAGAGUACAUAGAGGAGGUUAGGAAGCAGCACCUGGACCGCUGCGUCAUCUUCCUGGCCGAGGAGCUGAAGGUGGUCAGUCUGGACGAGGCUCCGGGGAGGAUCUUCUUCGUCUCCGCCAAAGAGGUCCUCAACUCAAGGAUGCAGCAGGCUCAGGGCAUGCCCGAGACAGGUGGUGCUUUGGCUGAAGGUUUCCAGGACCGGCUGAGAGAGUUCCAGAUGUUUGAGAGGACGUUUGAGGAGUUCAUCUCUCAGUCUGCCGUGAAGACCAAGUUCGAGCAGCACACGGUGCGAGCCUGGCAAAUCUCUGAGGCCAUCAAAGCCGUGAUGGAUGCCAUCAACAUCGCCUCCGCCGACAGGAAGAUCUGCUGCCUGGAGGAGCGCGAGGAGCAGAGGGACCGGCUGGACUUCGUCCGAGGACAGAUUAACCGUCUGACCGACAGCGUCAGAGAGAGGAUCAGGACUCUGACUGAUGAUGUCACUGCCAAGGUGGCUACGACGAUGUCUGAUCAGCUCCGAUCACUUCCUGUUCUGGUCGAAGAGUUCAGAGCUGAUUUCAACCCGACACCAGAAACUCUGGAGCUCUACAAGACUAAGUUGCUGCAGCAUGUGGAGGAGCGUCUGAUUGGCGGCCUGGCUCAUCGCUGCUCCGUCAGCGUCCUCAGAGACGUCAGAGACGCUCAAAGACACAUGAUCGACAGUGUCCGUCCUCUGCUGUCUCUGUCCGUCCACGAGCAGCUGUCCCCCUCUGCCUCCUUCAACCUGACCUAUGAUCUCGGUCUCGUCGCCCUCUGUGCUGAUUUCCAGGAAAACAUCCAGUUCCAGUUCUCUCUGGGCUGGACCGCCCUUGUCACACGCUUCAUCGGCGUGGCCAAUGCCAGGCGAGCGCUGAGCGCCACCGACGCCCGACCCCAGGAGAGCUCUACCUUUAAGGAUGAGAUGGUGGUUUCCAUAGCGACAGGCCUGGUCUCCAUCACGUCCCGGGCGUCUAUGACAGCGCUGGUCAUCGGAGGAGUGGUGUGGCGUUCUGUAGGCUGGCGUCUCAUCGCUCUCUCCGUUUCGCUCUACGGUCUCCUCUACCUUUACGAGAAACUCACCUGGACCGACGCCAGCAGAGAGCGCGCUCUGAAGCGCCAGUUUGUAGAGCACGCCGCCCAGCGGCUGCGAGCCAUCGUCCCUGUCACCAGCUCCGCCUGCAGCCAGCAGGUCUACAAGGAGCUGUCGGCCACCUUCAGCCGCCUGAGCCAGAGAGUCGAUCUGAGCGAGGCCGAGCUGGAGGGAAACAUCCGCCAGCUGAGCUUCAGGAUCCAGAGACUGGAGAACAUCCAGCGCAGGUCCAAGGCCUUCAGGAACCGAGCGACGGAGCUGGAGACUCAGCUGGAGCUCUUCUCUGCUCAGUACCUGCAGGGAAACUAGAGAAGAAGGAAUGAGGUGGCACACCCUGCUGGCCGUCCUGCAGACUCAUGAUUCGCAGCUGUUAGUGAGUCUGACGACUCUUUAACUCUUUAGUCUGCUGAUAAUGACUGUGAUUAGAUGUUUCCAACAUCCAUCAAUACAUGUGUGUCAUUAAUCCUGUUUGAAUGUGACGGUAAGGGAAAUAAAUCA